CUUGUCUGGACGCGCACCCGGCGCAUCCUUUUUUCAUGGCCACCGAGCCUCCUGCAGUGCCUCCCGUGCCUCCCGACCCUCCCGCGACACCCGCAGCUCUCGUUAUGGCGCAUCCUGUGACUCCAGGCUUUGUCGCGCUCCCCGCUGUUCCCGCUCUCACGCUCCCAUCUGCUGGCAAGUCUGAUGUUCCUGCCGCGGUCACGCAAACUAGUGUUCAGAAGUUGAAGGGCGGGAAGUGCGUCUGGGGGACCGAGUCAGACAAGGCCCUGGUGACGUGCUUGAAGACAAACAAAAGGGCGUACCAAUCGGGAUCAGGAUGGAAGCCUCAAGUUUGGGCGAUCGUUGCAGAUGCUGUAAACGCUGUGGGAGGACCUGGGGCAGCGAAGACGGGGGAAAAGUGCCACGAUCACUGGUCCAAAGCCCUCAAAAAAGGUUACAAAGAUGUCCAAAAGCUGCGGUCGCUGUCCGGUUUUGGCUGGGAUGACAAAGCGCAAAUGGUCACGGCAGACGAACGGGUCUGGGAUGAUUACACCUCCGCACACCCGAGCGCCGAACACUGGCGCCGCCAUCCUUUCCCGUGCUAUGAUGACAUCCACGAGAUUGUCACCGGCGUUGUUGCCACGGGAGCCGCAGCAUUUCAUCCUGGGCAGGCGUCUGGCACCAACCCUGGGGAUGCUCCGAGUCUGAACACCACCGAUGUGGAGGACGACAACGGGUCAAUUAGUACCCCUUCAAAACACGAAGACGACGAUAAUCCUUUCCGUGGGGAUCUGACCCCUUCGUCACCAACUCCCAAUCUGGGACGUGGUCGUAAACGUGGCGCAUCAUCAGAGCCACCCUCGGUGUCGGCAAAGAAGAGCAACACAAAGGGCCGACGGAACGCGGAUGUGGCUGGGGACAUGGUUGCCGCUGUCCAUCAAUUAGCAUCGGCGUUCGGCCCCAGCGCAGACCCCAGUAGUCCUCAUGGUAAGGCUCGGAAGCACGCCAUGGAGGUCAUGCAGGACGACAAUGACUUCUCCUCGGAGGAAGAGUCGAACAUGAUACUCUUGAUCUCAAAGGAUACAAAUGGCGCAAUCUCGCAGGUGUACACCUCCACUCGGAAGAAGAAAACUCGCACUGCUUUCCUUCGUAAGGCAUAUGAGGACUUUAUGCAGAAUUAG